UAGCUUAUAGGGUGUUUUCACUUUUUUAGAAAAACUUUGAACUAAUAUUAAAAUGGCUUAUGUGUCCUGUUGACGUACAUAUUUGUGGGGAGGUUUUGAAAAAUAUGGCCGCCUCACUUUCUCAGUCAGAGCAUGUUGCUUAAAUCACGACUAGGUUGUGCAUUCGAGUGAUUUUGAAGUUUUUAUUUUACAGAAAGUUUAUUUAAACCGUUGUUGCCAGCAAAAUGAGUGUGGAUGCUUACGGCCCUAGUUCUCAAACGUUAACGUUUUUAGAUACUGAAGAAAGUGACCUUAUCGGAGCUGAUACUCAAGGAUCCCAAUAUGAUUUUACCGAUUUUACUCUGCCUUCACAAAGUCAAACCCAAACAUCUCAAUUGGAUGGGACUUCAAAUCCAAUUCAGGAAGUUACCUUACAUAAAGAUGGGCCACUGGGUGAAACGAUUCUUGAAUGUUAUUCUUGUGGAGUUCGCAACGUUUUUGUAUUAGGAUUCAUACCAGCCAAAGCAGACUCAGUCGUCGUUCUACUUUGUAGGCAACCGUGUGCUGCUCAGAAUUCCCUGAAAGAUAUGAAUUGGGACCAGGAGCAGUGGAAACCUCUAAUAUCUGACCGUUGUUUUCUCUCAUGGUUGGUGAAAGUUCCCGCUGAACAGGAUCAGUUGAGAGCACGCCAAGUCAAUGCUACUCAAAUAGCAAAAAUGGAAGAGCUUUGGCGAGACAAUGCAGAAGCUACAUUUUCAGAUUUGGAAAAACCAGGAGUUGAUGAAGAACCCCAGCAAGUCUUGCUUAGGUAUGAAGAUGGAUAUCAGUAUCAAAAUAUUUUCGGACCUUUGGUUAAAUUAGAAGCCGAUUACGAUAAGAGAUUGAAAGAAUCUCAAACACAAGAUAAUGUUGAUGUGAGAUGGGAUGUUGGUCUUAAUAAAAAGAUAAUAGCUUAUUUUACCCUGGCAAAAUCAGAUGGAGAUAUGAAAUUAAUGCAUGGCGAUGAGUUACGCCUACGUUACCUUGGAGAAAUGCAUAAAUCUUGGUCAGGAGUUGGCCAUGUUAUUAAAAUUCCCGAUAACUAUGGAGAAGAAGUUGGUAUUGAAUUAAAAUCAUCAUCUGGAGCUCCUACUGAAUGCACUUCUAAUUUUGUAGUUGAUUUUAUUUGGAAAAGCACCAGUUUUGAUAGGAUGCAGUAUGCGCUUCGCAAAUUUGCUGUCGAUGACGUAUCCGUUUCAGCUUACAUUUACCACCGAUUAUUAGGACAUGAUGUUGAAGACAUGUUAUUUAGAGUUCACCUUCCCAAACAUUUUUCUGCUCCUAACCUACCUGAUCUCAACAGAUCUCAGGUUUACGCAGUUAAGCACGCGCUUCAGAGACCUCUGUCCUUGAUUCAGGGACCGCCAGGAACAGGAAAGACAGUUACGUCUGCAACCAUUGUUUUUCAACUUGUCAAACAGAACGGAGGUCCAGUUCUUGUUUGCGCACCUUCCAACAUCGCUGUUGACCAGCUCACAGAAAAAAUUCAUCGAACUGGCCUCAAGGUUGUUCGUGUUUGUGCAAAAUCAAGAGAAGCUAUAGACUCUCCGGUUUCAUUUUUAGCUUUGCAUAAUCAAAUAAGAAAAAUGGAUUGUAAUACAGAACUGCAGAAACUUCAACAGUUAAAAGAUGAGACAGGGGAGCUAUCGUCGGUUGAUGAAAAAAGGUAUAGAAUGUUGAAAAAGUCUGCUGAGAAAGAACUGCUUGAUGCAGCUGACGUAAUUUGCUGCACGUGCGUCGGUGCUGGCGAUCCUCGACUUACACGAUUGAAAUUCCAUUCUAUCCUUAUUGACGAAAGUAUGCAAGCAACUGAACCUGAGUGUAUGGUUCCAGUUAUUUUGGGUGCGAAGCAGUUGAUUUUAGUCGGUGACCAUUGUCAAUUGGGUCCUGUUGUGAUGUGUAAAAAAGCCUCCAGAGCUGGAUUAUCCCAAUCCCUGUUUGAGAGGCUUGUGGUACUUGGAAUCAGGCCGUUCCGGUUAGAAGUUCAAUACAGGAUGCAUCCGGAACUAUCAAGAUUUCCAUCAAAUUUCUUCUACGAAGGCUCGUUACAAAAUGGAGUUUGUUCAGACGAACGAAAGUUGGCAAAAGUUGAAUUCCCCUGGCCUGUUCCUGAUAAGCCUAUGCUGUUCUAUGUUACUCAAGGGCAGGAAGAAAUAGCAGGUUCAGGAACAUCCUAUCUCAACCGAACCGAAGCCUCGAACGUGGAAAAAAUGGCUACCAGAUUCCUUAGAGCAGGAGUUAAACCCGAACAAAUAGGUGUCAUAACCCCUUACGAGGGUCAGAGAGCUUAUCUUGUACAAUAUAUGCAAUAUCAGGGCGCUCUUCAUUCAAAGUUAUAUCAAGAAAUCGAAGUGGCAAGUGUCGAUGCGUUCCAAGGAAGGGAAAAGGAUCUAAUCAUAAUGUCCUGCGUUAGGUCUAAUGAACAUCAGGGAAUAGGAUUCCUCAACGAUCCACGGCGUCUGAAUGUUGCCCUUACAAGAGCUAAAUAUGGCAUAAUAAUUGUUGGAAAUCCCAAAGUGUUAUCCAAGCAACCGCUAUGGAACCAUCUUCUCAACUUCUAUAAAGAACAAAAAGUCCUUGUCGAAGGUCCCUUGAACAAUUUAAAGGAAUCGCAGAUUCAAUUUUCCAAACCGAAACAAAUAGUUAAUACUACAAACCCUGGGACACAUUUCAUGUCGACAACGAUAUACGAUGCCCGAGAGGCUAUUGUUCCAGGCAGCAUCUACGAUAGGAGCAGUGGUACCAACAAUGCCUCUCAUUACUUCCCUCGACCUGCUGGAGGCGCUGUAGAUUUAUUUUCGAGACCACACGACCCAAUUAGCUAUAUUUCAUCCGAGCGUGGAGGAGGAACAAUGUCUAACAUUCCAGUUCCACUUGGUAUGUUUAUGAACAUGAGUCAUGUACCACCAAGAUUUUAUAACCAACACCAGCAGGCCCUUCAAGCCCGACAAAAUCAACGAGGAAGACCAGGAAGCGGCCGUGUUAGGAAUAGAACCGGCAACCUGAAGAAUAAGCUGUCCGGCCUGAGUCAAAACAACAGCCAAGACGUCACUCAACCUUACAGCCAGGGAAUUACGCAAGCCAUGUCCCAGGGUAUGUCACAGGCUGGUCUUAGCCUGUCGCAAGCUGGGCUCUCCCAGGCGGAGCUGUCGCAGGACUCUUACCUGGUUGGCGAGUUCCAAUCCCAAGUCGACGGCCUGCUGUCUCAGGACUCCACCUACCAAGGGGAGAGGUCUCCAUUUUACACGCCUCCUACUGCCACAACAGCUCCUCCACAUUUUUCGCAGAGGCUCAUACAAGCCGUAUUGAAGGGUCAGUUGAAGAGAGAUAGCUGGCUGGCUGAAAGUGUAUUCUACGGGCAGCAGCAAUGUGAAGCCCGCGGGUAGCUCGGGCCGAGCCGCAGGGUAUGGGCACUCUCCCUCACACACACGUACUUGCUCUCGUCCUUCAUCUAGCGACUGUACUCAGUAUAUAGAAAGGAUAAAUAUCAUUGAUUAGAUCCAGUCUAUGAUUUUAACUAACAUUUAUCUCAAAUCAUUUUCACACGAUGAAAUUUUUAAGUUGUUUUUAUUUUCACAUUAAAAAAAAAUGGAAAAAAAAAAAGAAAAAAAUGUAGAAAGUUAAAAUCUUUUCAUUACUCAUAGAUGGUUAAAUUUUUAAAUGGUUCUGUUAGAUGCCUUAAUAAUGUGUGAGGUGAAUUGGAAUAUCAUAUGAGUGUAUUCUAUUGUUGACGUCAGCGUCCAUUGAAAAUUAAUAAUAAAAAAAAAUAAAAAAAUACGAGGAAAUGCAGAAGGUUAAGUAUAAGAGGAUUACGAAAUGGUUUAGUAUCAAUUGAUGAUGAGGAAUAAUGCCAUUAAUGGAAUAAUGACACUCGAGCAAUAAAGUGUUUUUGAGUUUUUUUUUUCAUUUACUUAUUUAUCGUAAUAUCAUUUUGUUAUUAUAUACUCUGUUACCUGGACCAAAGUUACUGCGAUAAGCACAGUUUGAAAACCACGUUAUCGAUGGAUGUCGGUAGUCAUCAUUUCAUAUGUUUAUAUUACGAUUACAAACCACCGUUUCAAGAUUGCAUAUAUUUGAAGAGUUAUUUGAUUAGAUGUCAUUAUUAAUAAAAUCUUUUUCUGUUUUACAUUUCAUUUAAAAACUAUGGUAUAAUAUAAUGUUCUCUUUUUCCUUACUAUAAUAUUUUUUUUUGUUUUUAAAUAUUAAAUACAUGGUAAAUGUAUGAAUGAUUUAGAUUGCUUCAUUUUAUUCUCUGUAACAAUUAAUUAAUUUAACUAUUUUAUUUCAAAAUUGAUACAUAUUUUGUACUUUUCCAUUUUUUUUCUAUCAUAAAAUAUUCUUCUCUUGUAUUACAAAAAAACAUUUGUAGUAGGCCUAUAAUUUUUUUUUUUUCAUGCUGUAUCAUUGUGGUAAAGUGUAUUAUAUUUGUAUAUAUAUAGACGUUGGGUAUGUUCCGCUGUUUGCCCAGAAAUAAAUGUAUUGAAAUCAAUGUUGAAAUAUAUUGUGUAAUAACAAUUGGAUUUUUAUUUUAUUUUAAUUUUUGCAUUAUAUUAGAAACUUUUUAAAUUUGUUAUUUCUUUAUCUCUCUGAUACAGAUAUGAUUUCUUUUAAAGAAUUUUUUUUCGCUGAUGCACAUUUUUUUAAUCCUUUAAAGAUUUGUUUUUAAUUAAUUUUGUAUUUAAACUAAAAAAAUUGUUUGUAUUGUUGGAGAUUAUAUUUGAAAAAAUAAUGCAAUAUACUGCUUGAAUGCAUGUAUUGAAUUAUUUCUCUUAAUAAUAUUUUGUAUAGAUAAUUAAAAUUGAAAUAGAUUUCUGAUUUCGAAUAACUGUAAAAUAAAAUAAGUUUAGUUGUUUUUUCUAGCGUAUCAACGAUUCUAAAAAAGUUUUGUUCAAACAUCAAAUUUUUUCUGUUAUUUGUCUGAUUAGUCAGUAGUAGUCUUUUAGUUAGAAAUUAGAAGGAUGAGUAAGGUGUAGGGAAAAAUUUUACGAGAUCCAUAUUUUUAUUUUGAAACCGUACUUUUUGUCUUAACAAUAGUUGAGAAUUUACACGUAACUGAGCCCUUUUUGAACUUUGCUUCUUGAUAUUAUUUUUUCUUAUUAUCCAAUUGAAACACAUUUUAUCUGCCUUUUUUGGAUUAAAAAACAUGAAUCAAAAAGAUAAAGUUAAGUUUUGUUUGCAAUAUUUAUUUUUAAAUUAAUUUCUGAAGAUUCAGUUUCCUUCUAGUAGAAUUUCACAAGAGAUAUUGUCAAGAUGUCGUUGAUUUAUUGAUCAAGAAGAUCGUGUAAUUUUAGUACUGUCUCAUCUCUUUCCUUCAGUUGUAAACUUUAUUUCAAUAAAUAUCUUUAGCUUCUUGUAUGGAUUUGAUCUACCUAAAAAAAAUUAGUAACAAUAGAUAUAAUACUUAAAGAAAAAAAAACUAAGCAUUGACAUUGCCUCAUUACCUUUGAACUACCAAAUAAUUUUUUAGAUUAAAUGUCAAUUAAUACAAAAUAUUUAUGAAAUGGUAUCUCUUUGUAUUCUGACAGAAAAUCUAUUUGAUAUUGACAAAACUUUUUUAGAAAUUUAUUUAGAUUAUUCGAUCUCACAUCUGAGAGUAUUCGAUCAUUAAAAUAUUUUUUUUUUAUUGGCGAGGGGUAUUAUGAUUUUUUUUUUUUUUGGUAUAAUUGUUGUAAAUUAUUCGUUUACGAGAGAAAAAAAAAACUAUGUAUAAGUGUUAAUAGUUUGUGUUAUAAACACAUUACUAAGUCAUUAAGUUUUAUUAAAUAACCAAAUACAAGUUGAUAGUAUGAAAUAAAUUGUAAUUAUUUUAAAUGUUUAACAUUUGAGUGUUCCAAUACAUGAUAAUAAAAUACAUAUUUAUGUUUUAGUGUAGUAUAAAACUGGUCAAAUAAAAUAUUGUUUCAAAAGUGCUUGUAUCAUUCAGACUGAAAUGUCUCAAUAUUUCUGUAGCUUAAUGUAAUAAUUACUGCAAUAAAGAUUUCUCAUUUUCGGUAAAUUAAAAUAAUUAAUGCAGUUUCAUAAAAAUUAAGUUGUCUCAAUCGAUGUUGUUCAUUCUUGCAUAUAAGUGUAAAUAUAUUUUAUUUUUUACGGAUUGCACUACAUGAGAAAAAUUGGUAUUACUUGUUCUUGCAUUAAGCGGCAGAUAGAUUUAAUAUUUAGUAGUACUUGUCUAGCGAAUAUCAAAUUUAGAAAUGCCCGAUUUGAAUUCUAAAAGUAUUAACUGAUAUUGUAAAAUCCCACAUAGUUUGGAUUAGUUAGCAUACCGAGUUUCGACCAUUGGCAAUAAUAAAAAAAAAACACUUUUUUAACCAACCAAAAAAGUUUUGAAAUAUUUUUAAUUAAUUGUUUAAAAAUUCCUAUUAGUCAUACAAUCUGAUAUGAUUCUUUGUUAAGAACUUAAAAUGAAAAAUUAUGGGAGGUUUUUUAAAUUUAAAUUCAUGAAGUUUUAAAUAAAAUUAAUUUUACAAACCGAAUAAAACAUUUUUAUAAUAUUCAAAAAAACCGAUUACUGGGGUUCAAUUAUUAUUUUUUUAAUAAAGGGCCUAUAGGAUCAAUUAAAAUAAAAAUUAAUUAUUAAGAAAUUGAAAAUUUUAUUUGGAGAUGGAUAUAUUAUUUACUGUUAUUUUAAAAUUAUGGGUAUGACAAGUAGUCAGGAUUUGUAGCCUAUAAUAAGGUUUAUUAGUCUUGGCGAUGUUUCGACCUAAGUAUAUGGGUCAUCAUCAUGGCUAGAAAUUAAAAAAAUACAUUUGAAAUAAAAUAUACAGAUAGAACACCAAGAAAAAAAAAAAAUUAAGUAUAUAAAUAGUCCAAAUGAGUCGUUUAUUUCCUGAGUGAAUCAUUGUCAACUUUUUAGGAAACUCGAAAAACUAUAUUUCCUGUUCCAUUUGUAUUAUCAAAACCAUUAUUUUUCUGAAGAUAAAUUCAAAAAUUCUUUACUGAUAGAUUUUCGAAAAUUACUGAUUAUUCCAGUAGUAAUUAAAAAACAUUAAAACUUGAAUAUGAAAUUUCAAAACCUGUUGAAAAAAUAAAGGUUGAUUAGGUUUUGGUUUGCAGAGAAAAAAUGGUGUAUGAUUGGGGAAGAAAAAAUUAUAAAAAUUUUACUAUUAAAAAUUAUCUUGUAUAUUAUAAUGCUACAAUAAUUUUCAUUUGAAUAAAUCUAUUAAAACAGCUUUUGAUAAUUUUUUUUUAAAGAAUACUUAAGAUAUGCAAGUUUCAUUACGUUCCUUGAUAAACAAGUAUGGUUUUUGGGAAAAAAAAAAUUGCACCAUCAAAUUCAUUGGGUGUUUUUUUCAUGAGAAUCAUUACUUAUCUCAUUUUUGAUAAAAAUCUAUAAUGAUUCACUUUGGAAAUAUAAGACUCAAAUAACAACAUGGUAAUAGAGAUAAAUAAAAAGUAUAUAUAAAACAAUUACAAAAAGUAAUUGGAAUAUAAUAGGUAACGUUAUACACUCUUAAUUAUUGGCUAGCCUAAUAAACUAUUUAAAGACUGCAAAUCCUGAUUAUUUGUAAUCCUCAUAAUUGUAGUUGUACAAUGGUGUUCACAAAAUGGUUUCAAAAAACUAAUUACUGCUUUGUUAGAUUUGUAAGCUAUUAUAUUUAAUGAAGAGAUUUAUUUUAAUUUAAAAUGAAAACAUCAAAAGAAAAUAUGACAAAUCGAUUCUUUGGAAUAUCAAGAUUCUUUACGACUUGAAAUAAAACUAGAAUAUACUCAUGCUGUAGUGAUAUGUUGAGAAAUAGCAGUUUUAGGCUUAACAAUAUUCCAACUGAUAUCUGUUGUUUGUGACGGACACCAAUUUACGCAAGAUAGUGCUGGAACCAUAUUUCAAAGGGUCGAAGUAUUGUUUGAUUGCUUCAUGUCAUGGUUGUUUCACAAUGAAUAGCUAACUUUGAUAUUUGAGUUUUCUGUAGAGUUUUGGCUUGUAAUAAAAUCUAACUGGGUACUAUUUGAUCCAGUCGGCCAUAUCAAAUCUAGAAUGGUCGACAUAGUUUUAUAAGCUAGUCAGAAGUUAGUAAUUGAUAUGUUCCAAUAAAGAAAAAGUUUGAAUCUUUGACGACUACUAUUAGAUUUAUUACAAUUGUUUUCAGUUAAAAGAACUAAGAACUAUGGAUUUAUGUAAACAUAAAAAUAUACAUAUUGAGAACAACUGAUACCUAACCUAACUAAGAACUUUGAUUCUUGCAAAUAAAAAAAAACAAUUAUCAUGGAUUCAUUCAAUUUAAUUUUAUAAAUAACUAGUUUAAAGAAUUUAUUUUAAGAAAUAUUUUUGUUGCUAAGGUGUGAAUUUGAAAUGUGAAACUCAUUAAGCCCAUUUAAUAUUUUAAUUUUAAUAUUAUCCUCCUGAUUAAUCAGAUUAUGUUGUCUAAAUGGUUGUAUUACUGUUCUCUAUAUUUUCCACAGGUACUCUUCAAUUACUUGUUAAUGUUUAUAAUUAAUAAAUGAGUCAAUUGCUGUAACCAUAUACUUUCUAGAAUAAAGUUGCUCUUUUGAAUGGUUUUAUUACAAAUAA